UAUAAUUAAGAAUAUAUUGAUUAUAUAUAUAAUUAUAGAGCUAAUCAACCGCACUAAAUAAUUAUAACAACAAAAAUGAGAUUCAUUCUCAUCAGCGCCAUUUUAUUGGCAAUUAUAGCGACAGCUUAUUCCACAAAACCACCAAGAUGGGAUGCAAACUAUAUUGUCAAGGGAACAUUGUAUAUUCCAUACGCAGAAAUAUCUGAGCCCUUCUACGCCUGGUACGAUAAAAAUACACGUCGCUCACGUAUUGACUACUACGGCGAUAUGGUGAAAACCUAUCAAUUGGCUGGUGACGGAACUUAUGGCACCUCAUUAAAACUGGCGCCAGUCACAGUGAAAGAUUCUUUGAAUAAAAUCACAUGUCUACAGCUGAAUGGCACAGAGGAGAGUCGCAUAGAAAUACAAGCCAUUUUACCAAAUGCCAAAGACUUCCAACUUAUGGGCACAGAAACUUUUCUCGGUUUCACUUGCGAUAAAUUCCAAUUAGAGGAAACAAUUGGUCAAAAGAAAAAUGUUUAUACUCUAUGGGUGCGCUAUAAGAAAUCACCAAAGUAUCCUGCUUCACGUAUGCCCAUACCAGUGCGUUAUGAAAUGAGGGGCUACAAUAGUCUGUUAGGUUCCCACUAUGAUCAUUACUAUUUAGACUAUGAUAGUUAUGAUCAUGAUGAUAUACCAAAUGAAGUAUUCGAAAUAGAUGAGAAUUUAACUUGUAUGCCAUUCCCCGGUCCAGGUAAAGGUCAUUAUGCUACAUUCAAUCCCAUGCAAGAAUUUGUUCAUCCUACAGUUGAACACCAUGUCGAUCAAUCUUUUGAUCAUUUCAAGAAAACACAUAAUAAAAAUUAUGCCUCAGAAAAUGAGCAUGAAUAUCGUAAAAAUAUAUUCCGUCAAAAUUUGCGCUAUAUACAUUCCAGAAAUCGUGCCCGCUUAAGUUAUAAGCUAGCCGUCAACCACUUAGCUGAUAAGACCGAAGACGAAUUACAGGCACGACGUGGUUACAAACCAUCUGGCGUCUACAAUACCGGUAAACCCUUCCCUUAUAAUGUAAAUAAAUUGCGCGAUAAUAUACCAAAUCAAUAUGAUUGGCGUCUCUACGGCGCUGUAACGCCAGUGAAAGAUCAAUCUGUUUGUGGUUCAUGCUGGUCAUUUGGUACUAUUGGUCAUAUUGAAGGUGCUUACUUCUUGAAAAAUGGUGGCAAUUUGGUGCGUUUAUCACAGCAGGCGCUUAUCGAUUGUUCUUGGGGCUAUGGCAAUAAUGGUUGUGAUGGUGGUGAAGAUUUUCGUGCUUAUGGUUGGAUGAUGGAAAUGGGCGGUGUACCAACUGAAGAGGAAUAUGGUCCUUACUUGGGGCAAGAUGGUUAUUGUCAUGCACAAAAUCUUACGCGUGUAGCAGCUAUUAAAGGCUUUGUUAAUGUUACUGCCAAUGAUCCAGAUGCAUUUAAGAUUGCAAUGCUUAACCAUGGGCCGUUGUCGGUUGCAAUUGAUGCUUCACCUAAAUCAUUCAGUUUCUAUUCUCAUGGUGUUUACUACGAACCUACUUGUAAGAAUGGCAUAGAUGAAUUGGACCAUGCUGUGUUGGCUGUAGGUUUUGGCACUAUUAACGGUGAAGAUUAUUGGUUAGUUAAGAAUUCAUGGUCCACUUAUUGGGGCAAUGAUGGUUAUAUUUUAAUGUCGCAACGUAAGAAUAAUUGUGGUGUUAUGACUAUGCCCACUUAUGUUGAGAUGUAAAGCCUAACAAACAAAUGUUUCUUUAUAAAAGAAUUUUUUAAAAUUAGUUUUCGAAUUGAUUGAAUGGUUUUGUGUUUUUUUAUAGUAUAAAUAAAUGAUUGUUUAGAAAU